UUUUUUUUCUUUUGUGGGUUUCAAGAAUUUUGUGUGAAUUCUUGUGACCCAAAAUUGAAAAAACUCUCCUGAUCACUCCUGAAGCAUCUGCAAGCAGAAUAACAAUGUAUCCAAAAGUGAAAGUGAGGGAACAAGAAGAUUAUGAUGAUCAAUAUGAGUUUGAGACCAGGUCUUUGCAGUCCUUGAGGACUCCUGAAUGUUUCUCUUUGAAUGACUUCUCUUCUCCAGACAAUUCCCCUACAUCUGUUGUGAGAGUGCCUCGAUUUGAUAGCUCUACUUCAGGAGCAAUUAGCAACAGGAAACAGAAACUCUUGGAAGAAAACAAAACAAAUAUCAGAGCUAGUCCAAUUCCAAGACCACGUGCUGUCUUGUCCAGUCCAGAUAAUGAUCAAAUGAUUGGAAGCAAAAACAAGCCAAAAGGUGAUAUACUUGCCAGUAUGAAAAGGCAAAGCCUGUUUGAGAAUAGACACGCCCGGUGUAAGGUUACUCCGAGGCCUGUUGCUGCUGAUGGCUCUAUAAGCACAAGAACAUCGCUUAAGGAAGUACCUGACGGUAAAGGUGAUCUUCGAACUAGACAAAGAACAGUCAUCACUGAUUCAAAUCUGAGACUGAACCUCCAGAAGGGAAAACCAAAAUCAGUUAAGGAUAGAGUGACUGAGUAGUUGACUAACGAACAAGAUAGGAUGCAGUCAUCAUUGGCUUUUUGCAGUGCUAAGGAAAGGCAAGGGACUUGUUAUAGAGCACCUGGUGGUCGUCUGUUUGUGUCUCCCUCUUAAACAGAGCAAAAGUGAGGGAUGAUUCCAUGCUGCAUGGAUUUACAAUGCAAGACAUCGGAGCAGUUGGCUCUCAAGUGUGUAUGGUUUCUGAUCAAACUAAUACAUGCUAGGCUAGUGGAAGCAAUGUAGAAACCUUUUGUAUUCUUUUUAAGGCUAUUCAUGUGAUAUCGGCCUUUAAGUUUUAUCUAGGAAAAUAAAUGUGUUGAAAUAAAUUUACAUCUUGAAUAGAAUUUUAUG